UGCGUUCUUAGAUGGAUUGUUUAAAUAACUCAAUACCGGUUGUUCCAGCUCGAGGGCACACCGAGGUCCGCGUGGAGCUCCAGAUGGAGCGCUGGGCGGCCCGCGGCGGCUCGGUGCGGCUCCGCUGCGUGCACGACGUGCCGCCGCACCUGCUCGACAAGGUCGUCUUCCUGCGCCACGGGACCAAGAUCUUCCAGUACAUCCGGGACCGAAAACCGCCCUAUAGGAACUUUACUACGCCCGGCGCCGUCCUCAACGUAAGUAAUAGUAUUAUUCACCUAGCGUGUGUGGUGCGGCUCCGCUGCGUGCACGACGUGCCGCCGCAUCUGCUCGACAAGGUCGUCUUCCUGCGCCACGGGACCAAGAUCUUCCAGUACAUCCGGGACCGAAAACCGCCCUAUAGGAACUUUACUACGCCCGGCGCCGUCCUCAACGUAAGUAAUAGUAUUAUUCGCCUAGCGUGUGUGGUGCGGCUCCGCUGCGUGCACGACAUUCCGCCGCACCUGCUCGACAAGGUCGUCUUCCUGCGCCACGGGACCAAGAUCUUCCAGUACAUCCGGGACCGAAAACCGCCCUAUAGGAACUUUACUACACCCGGCGCCGUCCUCAACAUCGCACUGGCCACAGAGAACUCCAUCAUCCUGCAGAACCUGGACUUCGCGGCCAGCGGCAGCUACUCCUGCGAGGUGUCCAUAGACACGCCCAUCUUCACCAAGGAGUCCAGCGAGAAGCAACUUACUGUUUUCCAUCCCCAGAAACAUCACCCACGCAUUGACUUCCCAACACGCCACCUCGUCUCCGGAGAGACCCUUCGGGCCAACUGCACGACUGCCCCCGCAUUCCCCGCGCCUCAUAUCACCUGGUUCAUCAAUGGAAAGAAGACUGACGAGCUGCUGGCCCACUCGCACAAGUACCGCGUGCCUAUGAGCGAGCGAAACGGACGACGGCUGCGACUCGAACACGAGUCCAGCACGCCGCCGCCGCUGCUGACGCUAACACACACUUCGCACGCUGCUACGCGAGCUCCCGGCUGCAGCCUUAGAGAGCAUGCUAAAUUGCACGACUCGCACGACCACGAGCCGAACGUCAUCCAUGCGUCGUCGCGGCACCGGAGCAGGACCCGAUCCCGGCCGGACCGGGAGCUGUACGUCACGGUGUCGGAACUGCAACUGGUGGCCACCGGCCGGCUCGAGAUCACGUGUGUCAGCACCAUUCCGGAGUUCCGGAGCAUCCAUGAUAGGUUCGCGGACCAGAGGAACGAUACUGUCAUUGUGGACGCAAUCCGGCCGUCGACAUUCUCGCAGCCGUCAGCCAACCUGACGAUGCCGGAGCCGACGGCGGCCGCGGCCAGCCCGCUGCCCUCUUUGCUGCCCUCAUUGCUGCUCUCCGUGCUGCUGCUUCACGCCUGAUGCUGACGCGUUUAGACUGUGACGCGUGAUGCAAGUUUACGUUCUUUCGCUAUCAGACAUACACGGUACCUACACCAGAAGACAGAUUUCGAUUGGCGCAUUACAUCGGAAAUCGGAGGAGUGCACAGACUAUGUCAUACCUACUUGUGCUUGGACAUGAGGAGAAAUAUUUCUCCUUCCGUGAUGACUUUUUAUGGUGUUGACAAAAAAUGUUUGGGACAUACUAAAAUUCAUAGAUUUUUUUAGGGCACUAAGUAGUUGUCGCCUAAAAACAGAGAAUCUUCAUGCCCAACAUCAAGUAGGUAUGGCAUUGUUCCUCUGUGGCUUAGUGCCGUUUUACUACCGCUGGUAAACCUGUAUUGACUGUAUUUACGAUAUUUAGUCGCUAAAUUUUGAAACAUGCUCAGAAUUUAAUAUAGCUGGGGCGGAUUUCGUACGCGAGGCAGGCAGUAAUCUCCGAUGUUAAUCUAAGAUCUGCGUAACCUGAGAUCCCUCGAGGUGUGCCCGUUUUACUGAAUUUUCUCCGAAACUCAAUAAAGUUAGGUACUCGGCAAAAUGAAAUUUACACGCCAAAAAUAAACGUUAUAAGUACUAGGUAAUACUAGUACUUGAAAGCUUUGGUUUUUGUUAUUUUAAGACGUUUUCUUUUACUGAGGUUAUUAGAUACGCGUCAUAGUCUAGAUGUAGCUAUAAAGACAAGAUUUUAAUAAACGGGCUGUGAUAAAAACUUAUGCGUUCACUUAACCUGGUUGGCGUGAUUUUGCAUGUAAAUAUUUUGUCAGGCAUUUAUUUCAUUGUAAUUAGCCAUGGCCGUUCCGCGAUCAUCACAAAUCACAAUAUCAUUUCAACUUGUUCACGUCAAAGAUGCACGUUAGGUAAGCUUUGUAUGAUACGAGUUUUAUAUGGAUUGUCGUUGAUUAUUGUACAAACCUAGGUCCGUAUCUAUUAUACGGUCAACCAAAUCUUGGCACUAAAAAUUGGCGCGAAAUUUAAAUUUUCUAUGGGAAUUAAACCUUUGCUCCUACAUUUACAAGCCAUAACACUUCAAAGUUAAUUGUCGAUGAUUCCGACGCGACGUCAAGAUUUAGGAAGGCACGCGUUUUAUGAAGACAAUUGGCCGAUGAGCCAUACUAUUAAAUAAAUCAGAUAUUUACUGUGAGAAAGAUUCAAAUAGAGAUGAACGUUAUUGCAAAAUAUGUACUUUGAAAAAAAAACAUAUCAAUUAUAACUAAGUGAUUAGGUGCUUUUGUAGGAUAUUUACGAAACUUUUCAAUUGAUAUAAGAAAUGUUGGUUGUACGUUGUUUUGUAUAAAGAUAUUAGCUGAAUUUGUUAUAGGUACCUACCAUAUCAAACAGCCGUUAUUUACUUGAAGCCAGACAAUCAUUAAAAAUAAAACGAAAUUGCCAUUUCAGGCUCCCGCUAGUACUCGUACCUAAAUUAAUUAUUUAUAAUUGUAAUAUAAUGGAAUAAAUGAGCAUUUAUUUAAAAAAUAAUAAUUAUAUGUGUCAGAAUCGCAUAGAGUUGUAACGUUCCAUCAUAGCGCAUCACAUAAGAAUGUUCAGUCAAAAUUAUAUGACUUGCUUUAUCCUUACUUUUGAAAUCUUUGGUUAGAACCAAAGUCAUUUAAUUGUCAGUCCCCUAGGGACGACAAAAUUAAAUGUCUGGCGGAAGUAAUUAUUUUUGUAGAACCGAUAUGGGUGCGAUAUUAAGAAAUGCUAGUUAUGUUAGGAGUAGAAUAGCGCUGAUGCUUGACAAUGUUAUAUGAAUGAUAUUAGAAGAUAAUACAAAUAACAGGACUGGAAAGAAAGCCUUGUAUAAGGGGGAUAGGUACAUCAACUACUACUUAUCGAUACUAGCGGAUAAAAGUGACGCGGCAAAUCUAAAAUAACGAUUAAAUAAUAAUAUUUACUAACCUUUGGCUUUUGAACGUCCAAGUUUACAUGUUGUAUGGCCAGAACCUGGAUUUCUCACAGCCUUCAAACACGAACCGUAGAAAACCACACAACCCAAUUCAGUAAACACAACUAUGGUCUACAAGUGGUCCACAAUUUUCAAGACGCAAUGUCACAUUUUAUAUUGGGUUAUAUCAAUGUUUUUCCCGGUUUAUAAGAACACUAAUAGCUUCGGAAAAUCAGUUACGUGUGCGUUUACGGUAUUCACUUAAUAGAUACCUAACAUUCCUAACAAUAUUCACUCGCGAAUGACGAAACAAACUUGUUCAAUAGGUAUGUUUUAGCCAAAAUAGCCAAUUAAUAAGUAAUGUCUGGGACUCAUUAAUAUUUAAACCAUUUUUCCAGGACACGAGUCAAUUAAAAGUUUUGAUUGAGUGUUUUAAACAUUUUAGUCACUAAUCAAAUAAAUCUGUCAAGGAAAAUCUAAUACAUUGAAAAAUUAUUUGCAGAUUAUUUUAAACACACAACAUUUCCACUGUUUCUAUAAAAAUAAAAUAGAAUUUAAAUAUUUUAUUUUUAUGUAUUUUCGGCGAACACAUCGCCAUGACAUCGUCUGUUGAAAUUAACUGUCAUAACACAUGACAUUCUUCUCCGGUGUUACAAAGAAGGAUAUAACCGAAAAAGGUUCUUAUUUACAUAUUAACUAGAAAUUUUUGAAAAUGAAACGUUUUUAAAAUAUUUGAUGAAAAAACGAAUAUGACAUCAAUAAGAAUACCUCCAUCCUGUAUGCCGAAGUCUGAAACUAAAGGUUGAUCCUAGUUAGUGCAUUUUCACAUUAUCCGAUCCGAUAUCGGAUGUCGGAAGGAUUUCAAUAGAAAAAACCCAACGCCUGUAAUGUAUGGG